AUUGACAGUUUUUGACAGUUUGACACACUGCAUGUGCUUUAGAGGUUAUUUUGUUGUGAAUUGUUGCUGCUAAAGUAAAAUUGAAAAAUGGUGAAAAAGAAAAUUGAUAACCGUAUACGAGUGAUGAUAGAGAAUGGUGUAAAAUUAGGGCAUCGUACUAUGUUCUUGCUUGUCGGUGAUAAGAGCAGAGAUCAGGUGCCUAUAUUAUAUGACAUGCUGGUGAAAUCAACUGUUAAAUCUAGACCAACAGUACUUUGGUGCUACAAAAAUAAAGAUGAAGCUAUCAGCAACCAUGGGCGUAAAAGAGCAAAGAAAAUAGCUGCAGGCAAGCUGGAAGUAUCUGAAGAGUCAUUGUUUGAUGCAUUCAGAGUUGCAACAACAAUACACGGCAGAUAUUACUCGGAGAGUCAUGCUAUGCUCGGUCAGACAUAUGGAGUGUGUGUUUUACAGGAUUUUGAAGCCCUCACACCUAACUUAAUGGCUCGUACCAUAGAGACUGUUGAGGGUGGAGGUCUUAUUAUAUUCUUACUAAAGACUAUGGAUUCACUCAGACAACUACAUUCUAUUACUAUGGAUGUACAUUCAAGGUUUAAAACAGAAGCACAUGAUACAGUGGUGAAUAGAUUUAAUGAACGUUUCCUACUAUCACUUGCUGACAAUCCUCGUUGUCUAGUGUUGGAUGACUCGCUCACUGUAUUGCCUAUUUCAUCAAAAACGGCUCAAGUUGAACCGGUGGAUGUGCUCCCUGAGAAAGUAAAUCCAAAGUUGAUGGAUUUAAUAUCAUCGUUAUCGGACUCACCGCCGGCGGGUCCGUUAGUGGCUAUGUGUCGCACUUACGACCAGGCCACUGCACUCGUCGCACUGAUUAACACACUUGCUGAUAAACAAUCCAGGCCCCCACAUUGUCUAACCGCUGCAAGAGGUCGGGGUAAAUCAGCGUGCCUAGGUCUAGCAGUCGCGGCCGCGGUUGCUCUAGGCUACGUCAAUAUCUACGUCACUUCCCCACAUCCUGAGAAUCUCAUCACGCUCUUUGAGUUUGUACUGAAAGGACUCGACGCCUGUUUGUAUCAGGAACACAUUGAUUACAACAUAGUGCGCUCUACUAAUCCAGAUUUUAAGAAGGCAAUUGUACGUGUUAAUAUUGCUAGGAAUUCACGGCAGACUGUACAGUAUAUAACACCAGACGACCACUCCUUGCUGGCUGCAGCUGACCUCGUACUGGUGGACGAGGCUGCAGCGAUUCCUAUCACACACGUAUCGGCAGCAGCUCAGAAAGCACCGCUGGCACUGCUCUCCUCCACUGUGUCAGGGUACGAGGGAACAGGACGGGCACUCUCCCUCAAACUGUUCGCACAACUCCAAACCGAACAUAAUGCACCGCCUCCAAUAAAACUAGAAGAACCAAUACGAUACCGUACAGGAGACCCCGUGGAGCGUUGGUUGAACUCUCUCCUAUGUCUGGAGGCUCCGAGCCCCUCACUGGGAGUGGGUGCUCCGCCCCCCGCAGCCUGCGAACUGCUGCGAGUCAACAGAGACGCCUUGUUCUGCUACCACAAAGCUGCGGAGGCAUUCCUACAUCGACUUGUCGCUAUAUACGUCGCUAGUCAUUAUAAGAACAGUCCAAACGACAUCCAGUUGUUAGCGGAUGCGCCGGCGCACUGUCUGUUUGUACUACUCGCACCGACACCGCCCAAGUCUACUUCCAUGCCAGAAGUGUUGUGCGUCGUGCAGAUGUGCUUCGAGGGAAAUAUAUCGGAUAAGACAGUACGCGACAGUCUGGGUCGCGGGCGCAAGGCUGCUGGCGAUCUGAUCCCUUGGAAUAUUUGUGAACAGUACGGGGACAAGGAUUUCCCCAAACUAUCCGGAGCUAGGAUAGUCAGGAUAGCAACGCAUCCAUCCUACCAAAGAAUGGGUUACGGCAAGCGAGCGUUGCAGCAACUAGCCGCGUACUACAGCGGAGACAUUCCAUGUCUGGAUGAGACCGCUUCUGAUGAUGAUGACAAGACAAACGGACAGACAGACACGCUGCACACUGAGAGCAUAGCACCCAGGACAAAGCCACCGACGUUACUAAAAAGGUUAACAGAAGUCCCCGCGGAACAUCUAGACUACCUAGGCACUAGUUUCGGGCUGACUGAAUCUUUGCUUAAAUUCUGGAAGUCUCAGAAAUAUGUACCAGUCUAUUUAAGUCAAAAAGCGAACGAUCUGACAGGCGAGCACUCGUGCAUAAUGUUGCGUGCGCUGCGCGGGGGGGCGUGGCUGAGUGCGUACAGUGCGGACUUCAGGCGGCGCGUGUGUCGGCUGCUGCCGCGCGCGCUCAGACACCUGCCCGCCUCGCUCGCUCUCACCACGCUGCUCAAUGAUCAUGUCAAUAUUGAUAAACCUGCCCUGACAAAGCAGUUGAUAAAGGAGCAAGUAUCCGGUCACGACCUGGGCCGGCUGGAGAGCUACUGCCGGCAGCAGGCUGACUACCGCCUCAUCACUGACCUGCUCACACCACUCGCACACCUCGUCUUCCACACGAAGGCACCCCUCAAGUUGGAUGCUGUGCAACAGGUUAUUUUCGUCGCUAUGGGUUUCCAAAUGAAGGAUGUAGAUGAUAUAGCAUCAGAGUUAGGUCUGCCCGGGUCACAGAUCCUGGCCAAGUUCUAUGAAGCCUGCAAGAAGAUAAAUGCAACAAUUAAUUCCAUUCUAGAAGAUUCUGUUGCUAAGGAAAUCGGAAUUGAUGAGAAGAUUUCAGAGGUGGGCGCGGAAGGUCCAGUGAAACAGACCCUUAAUGAUGAACUAUCGAAAGCUGCGAAGGAGUUGGAGCGCAAGCAGCGCAAGGAGCUGUCGCGGCUGAUGGGCGAGGACCUGGCGCAGUACAGCAUCCGGGGCAGCGACCUCGACUGGAACAACGCUCUCAACACCAACAAGCAGAAGAACAUCAUCUCCGUCAAGAGUGGUGAGAAACGUCUCGGCGACGACACCAAGGAGAUCGAGGACCUGAUAGAGUCUCACUCCAACAAGAAGAAGAAAAAGAAAAAACAUCUCAGAAACUGAAUGUAAUGUAAAUAAAUAUAUAUUAC